GAAAGAUGGCGCCGCCUGUCCAGAGUAGUGUGAGGAGAACUGAAGACCCCGAGCCCGUCAGGCUGAAACCCAGCAGACUGGUGGUGAAUCAGGCGGUGCUUGCGGAGAGGAACCCCGGGAGAGUCGCGGCUGUAGGGGCCUGGAUAGAGUCGGGAGACCUGGGAGCUGAAGGCCGUGCAUGGGUCCCCGCUCAGCAAAUUGAAGAACAGCUAAUUCAGUAUCAGAAGGAAAAGGAGCAGAAGCUGGUUCGCUUUCAAGAGGAGGUGAAGCGUAGGGUUAAUCAGCAUGCCAAGCAGUGCAAGAGGCAUGAGAUCCAGAAAUCCUAUGAUGCGGUCACAAGAGAUGGGAUCAUCAUCAAACAGUCUUCUGAUGCCGCCAUGCGCUUUACACCAAAGAGGUACACCUGCACUUACCGCAAUAAACAAGUCGCCAUCUGCAGCCCUCGCAAACACUGGGUAUCAGCGCAGAAGAUUAGUGAUGACUCUGAGGAGGAUCUGGAGGAAGGAGAUGAAAACGGAAAUAAGUUAUUCUCACAGCAUGCUAAUGCGCUGAAGAAUACAAUGCGGCAGGUGCGUGGCAGACUGGCAGCUCUGAAGACGGUGGAGGCUGAAGAGUUAACCCUGCCGGGUGGCAUUUGGAAGGUUUCCCCCACUAGAGAUAAUCCAGUGUCCCGGAGAUCACCAGUGUUGCACAGCAUGGAUGCUGAGGAGGACAAGAUACCUUUGCAGGGACAUCAUGACCUCCCUAUGGAGCUGAUUGCUCAUGAAUCGCAGGGGCAGCUUACAGAUAAAGAAAACGCCUUGCCAUCUGGAAAACAUGUGUGUAAUCGAUUAAUGAAGGAGUCUUAUCCCGCUGGGCCGGCACCAGCCUAUAAUACAGAUUACCGCGCCGCUCUUGUACUUCGCCCAGGUGUAGAUGAGGAAGAGGAACGAAAACAAAGGCAAAACCAGUACCUCAUGUACAGAAGACUUUUUAUGGACAUAGAACGGGAGCAGGUGAAAGAAACCCGUAGGCAGAAGGAACACGAGAGGAAAAUAUCCAAAAUUAAGAGAGAAAGGGAAACUGAGCGUCUAAUGGAGGAACGACGACUGCGCUUAUCUGGUCAUCCCAGUAUCCCGAGACUAUCAUGUGAGCUCGAGGAGACUCUGAAAGGAGCGAUCACUGAAGAGCAAAGGGAGAAGGCUCAGAAAACCAAACAAUCCAAGCGCUAUGUAGAAGCUUUACGAGCCCAGAUGAAAGACAAGAUGUUGUUACACAACAUUGCUUUACCUCCUCUGUGCUGCUGUGGUACAGACUUCUGGGACUCUCACCCAGACACCUGUGCAAACAACUGCAUUUUCUAUAAUAACCCUAAAGCGUACACUCGUGCCCUGCAGUCUGUACUCCUGUCUCGUGAUAUGUGGGAUGGAUCCGUUGGCACCAGAUUCUCCGCCUGCAAUAUCCGUUUUGCAGAACCACGAGCUGUAAGAUAAUGGAGACCUCAUUCCUAAAUGCAAGGGUUUGAAGUUUACAAGUAUCUCACUUAACGUAGGAGGACAAUGAGUUAUUUAUAUUAUGUGUUGAACCCAUUCCCUCCAGCUCUAGGGACUUGCACAUGUGGGUGAAUGUUCACGCCAAGUGACGUAUGUACCACUUUCAUUAGCUUCUGAUUACUGCAGGGAGUAGCCUGUGACGU